AUGUCUGCUGAAGCUUCGUCUGCAGCGCAAGCUGCUGUGUCUCCGAAACUCACGUCUCCGAAGGCCUCCAAGGCUAAAAGUGCAGCCAAGCCGAAAGCUGCUGCAAAACCCCCAGCUCAUCCGAAGUUCUCUGAAAUGAUCAAGCAGGCUAUCGUUGCACUGAACGAUAAAAGAGGUUCGAGCCGCUCAGCGAUCUUGAAGUACAUCAUUCAGAACUUCAAGGUUGGUGAUAAUAUCACGAAAGUCAACGUCCAUAUCCGACAUGCCUUGAAGAAGGGUGUCGAGUCAAAGAUGCUUGCUCAGGUUAAGGGGACUGGCGCCAGCGGUUCAUUCAAACUUGGCGAAAAGGCUAAAGCUAAGAAGGCUCCUCCGAAAAAGGAGAAAAAACCAGCAGCAAAGAAGACUGGCGGAAAGGCAGUUCAUAAAAAGAAGGUGGUGAAGAAGACUUCGGCAAAAAAGACAGGUGCAACCAAGGAGAAGACGAAGAGAGCCGCUAAGAAGCCGGUAAAGAAGGCAACCAAAGUGGCUGCAAAGGCGAAGCCCAAGAAGGCAGCGACUCCGAAAAAGGCGAAGGCUGCGGCAGGAACCAAAGCACCGAAGAAAACGGUGAAGAAGGUUACAAAGACCGCUAAAAAAGUGGCAGCUUAA